AUGGCUGCGUUGUUGGUAGAAUCUGGUACAGAGACGAUCGGCGGGCACAUCCGGAGGGCGAUCAAUGGUGAUUGGCGGAGUGCUCUACAGAAUGACGGAGUGUUUCGACGCUCAGCUGAUGUGGCUCACCACCGCUCGUUCACGGAGAAGCUCUGUGGAUGUAAUGUGUCGUCCCCUGCGAAAGCCGUCUCCGAUUACGGCCACCCGCCCUCCUCCAGCCCCGUCAAGAACUUCAACAGACCCCACCAGCAACGGUCCGGCGCGCCCUCGCUCAUCAGCCAGAUCCCUGACCGCCACGCCGCCUCGCCCAUCCCUCCAUCCCCCGCCGGAUUCCCGGCCAACAGCGGGCUGUAUGCCGAACACGACAUCCUCAUGCCUCCCCGCCCGGCGUUCUAUGGCUCCCGGAUGUCCGUCCGAUCGAUAAGCUCGGAACAGUCGCCCUCCAGGCAAUCCUACGCCGGCCCAAGGAUCUCCGCCACUCUCAACCGCGCCUCCACCGGCGCUCCUGCAGGCCUCUACAACAACCCGCGCGCAUCCUCGAGCAACGCUAGCAUCCGCUCCGUCCCCGUCGUCCUCCAUGAUAGAAGGGCGUCUGUUGUUUCGGCUCGCUCGGGUGGAGAUAAGGCCGCUCGACACCUUUCUCAUAUUCCUCCUCUCCCUCUGCUGCGCCCCGACCUUUCCCCAGCGCCCUCCUCGUCGACAGCGCUGAAGUCCCAACAGACUGGGAGUGGGAAUCUCGCCGGCCAUCCACGGGGAAACAGCCCCGCCAGCUCGAGCUCGGGGGGCUCUGGGUCGGGGUCGGGGUCGUGGAACUUCCCUGCUACUCCAAGAGACUCGUUCCUUCCCGUCCCGACCCACAUCCAUCCCCACCCUCAUCCUGCUUUUGCGCUGCUGGCCGGGCCGGGCUAUCUCAUGCCCGGCCCGCCCGGAUCAUCAGCGCCUACUCAACCAGAUGGUGGGCCCAACCUAUCGAUCUCAGACGGACAGACCUUCGGCACCGGCGGCGAGGGCGCAGCAGCAGUCGGCGGAGCAGGCGGAGGCCGCCCACCACCCGUUGGUCCCGACGCGUCUCCCGAAAAUCCCGCGGGGUACUGGACCGCUUCCCCUGCUCCGCCCGCUCCGGCGGGCAGCGUGGACGACCUGCCCACGCCCGUCGGCGUCGAUCCCUAUUUGUAUGCCGGCCUGGACACGGCGCAGAAAAUCGCCCUCCAUCAGCGCAGCCAACUGAUCCUCCAGAUGAUGGCUGUGCAGGCGCAGACGGCGGCCCAGAUGCACGCGCUGGCGGCCGCGAACGGCCCCGCCCAUUCGCUCGUCUCCUCCGGCCAUGGCCAUCGCGCGUCCGCGUCGGUCGUCAGUGUCGGGCCCGUCCCGCAACCCCGCAUCGCCCCCUCCUCGCUCCAUCAUCAGCGCGCGGCCACUGGAGACUUCGACGCGGGAGGGAAUGCCGACGGGUCUCCGGCGUCGGCGGGCAGGCUGUAG